CAAGAACCACAAUCCCAAGAAAGGGGCCGUGAUCAGAACUUCAGUGGAACCGCAGAGAAGUGGGAUAUAAAUCUCAACCUCCUUUGCUCUUGCACAGUAACCCAGUCUCCCUGCAUCUCAGGAACAUGAACAAAUCCAAAACCUUUGGUAAAAUCAAGAAAAGGAUAGAAGAAGCCAAAAACAAAUGGGCCCGGCUGAGCAAAGCAGAUUACAGCUACAAUGAGAGCGCCCGCUUGGCUACUGAUGCCCUUUUGGAUGGAGGGGUGGAAGACUACCAGAAGGUGCUCAGUGAAGAAGGAGAGGUGGACUUGCUGUCUGGAGAUGAGCUCCAGUAUAUACUGAAGAACAUUAAAGCACCCCUAUAUUCUAAUGAUAACCAGACAGAAGGGGAGAACGGUUCAGCAGCCAAUGGAAACAAAUCCGAGAGCUACUACCCUAUGAAUUCAGACAGUGAGCCGGUGCCUACCUUACACAACUGGAGCGCAGAGGAGAAACCUUAUCUGAAGGACAAGUCCAGUGCCACCGUCUACUUCCAAGCAGACAAAACCAACAAUGUCAGGGAAACUAUCCGCCGAUGCAUUAACAAAACCACCCAGGCCCUGGCCAUUCUGAUGGACGAGUUCACGGAUGCUGAAAUUUUCUGUGAUGUGUUGGAGGCAGCAAACAAGCGCAACAUAUUUGUCUACUUACUCCUCGAUGCAAACAAACUGCACCUCUUUAUCCAAAUGUGCGAAAAACUGCAAGUUAGAGACCUUCAUAUGACGAAUAUUUCAGUCAGGAGUGUUACUGGAGAUGUUUACUGUGCAAAAUCUGGCAAGAAAUUUGCAGGACAAAUUAAUGAAAAAUUCAUCAUAUCCGACUGGAGAUUUGUCCUGUCUGGCACUUAUAGCUUCACGUGGCUCUCAGGCCAGGUCCACAGGAACUUCUUGUACAAGUUUUCUGGAGAUGUAGUAGAGCUGUUUGAUGAAGAGUUCAGGAACUUGUAUGCGUCAUCGAAGCCAGUGAUGGGCUUGAAGUCUCCAGCACCCAUGGCUCCUGUUCUGAGGCGAGAGGACAGUGGCAUGAGCAUUAUGUCUGACAGCAACCCGGAGAGUAUAAACACCACCUCAGAACCUUUCAGUAGUAUAUCGACUGCCAGCAUCUCAAAUGAUUCCCAACGGCCCAAGUCUCCAGUGUCCACCACUCCCGUCCCCUCUCCACCUAGUUCUCCUGUGAAGUCUCCACUGCAGAGGGUGAAUUCGUUCCAUGGAUACUCGUCUCUGAUAUCUCCACCUCCUCAAAUCAAUUACCAAUCAAAUUACUAUCAAAGGAACUAUGCCCCUGACCCCCCAUCAUUCUUCUACAAUAAUAACGCCAACUUUUAUAGGUCUUUCCGGAUGAGGCAAGAGGACUUCAGCAUGCCAAGAUUUAAUCAAGGCUGGAGAUUAUUUUCUAGAGCCACCAUGACCUAGUUCCUGGACUGCCUUGAACCUGGGGCAAUAAAAUUCAUAUAACAGACAAAAUAUACUAAGAUGAUGAAACAAGGUGGCAUCUGCCAACAUAAUUCUGUCUAUUUUUGUAAUGUUUCUCUAGAAACUGUACAUUUUUAGCCUUUUAGACCAUACACGUGUGUGAGCAAAGCCAUCUGGAUUAGUUAUCUGUACAUUACUAUUUUUUUAUGCUUUAUAACAAAUCACUGCUAAAUAUGCUUGUAAAUAAUGACACAUUAAAGGUAUUUGCCCAUUGUA